CUACAAUUUGCUGCGGUUUCUUACCUCCGUCCAGAAGAGGAAGUUUGAAAACAAACACUGACACCUGCUUCCUUCUUCUACCCAAAUGUCAACUUCCUGAUAACGACGCGAAAAUGGGGAUACUGGUCGAUAGUGCUAUCAUGAUUGGGUCUAUGUUGAUAUUCUUCGUUGGAGGGUGGGUGUGGUUUGUGAAGAAAAUAUUCAGAGAUUAUGAAGCUCAUAAUACUUUGGUACAGUUGUUUUUUCCAAUGAUCUUUAUGCUGUCUUGUACAAUGUUUGAGCUCAUCAUCUUCGAGAUAGCUGCAGUUCUUGAAGCUGGGUCUCGAUACCUUUACUGGCAAGUGGUUUUAUAUUCGAUGCUUAUAAUGCUUAUCCUUGUCAUCCCCUUCUACCUGUGCCACUUUGUUGUUUCAAAUAUACGAAUAGUUCGUGGUGAAUGGGUGAAUAUUCUGUCAAUCGUUACGUGGGGUGUAUUUAUGGUUUGCUUCUGGAAAAUUGGGGAUCCUUUCCCAAUUCUUAGUCCUCAACAUGGAAUAUUAUCAAUAGAGCAAAGUAUCAGUCGCAUUGGUGUCAUAGGGGUGACGGUUAUGGCUGCAUUAUCAGGAUUUGGUGCUGUUAACUACCCCUACACAUCUAUGAAUAUUUUCAUGCGUCCGGUUACAAAACAUGACAUUCAGUCUCAGGAACGUAGGCUGCUGCAAACUAUUGAUGUCAUUGUGAGCAAAAAGAAAAGAAUAGCACUUGCAGAGAGAGAGAGGCACACUUCUAAGAUUCAGGAUGACACUGGAUCAAGCUCUCGUAUUUGGGGUCUUCUUCGCAGUGUAACAACAAGCACUCGUCCGCAAGGGGAAAGUGUGACUGCUAUAAAGCAAGAAGUUUCUGCUCUUGAGGAGCUUUCCAGACAGUUGUUUUUAGAAAGUGUUGAAUUGCAAGGUCAAAGAGAAAGAUUAGAAUGGGCAAGUACCUUUCAAGGACGGUUUUUCAAUUUCAUGGGAUACUUCUUCUCUCUGUAUUGCUCAUGGAAGAUUUUUAUAUCCCUCGUGAACAUAGUUUUUGAUCGUGUUGGAAGAAAGGACCCAGUAACAAAAGGGAUGGAGAUAGCCGUUCACUGGCUUGGUUUCGACAUUGAUGUCCAGUUUUGGUCUCAGCACAUAUCCUUCUUUUUGGUUGGGUGUAUCAUUGUUACCUCAAUUAGAGGCUUCAUUCUCACCUUAACUCGUUUCUUCUAUGCAGUGUCAAGUAGUAAAUCAUCAAAUAUCAUUGUGCUUGUGUUGGCACAACUAAUGGGUAUGUAUUUUGUAUCCAUGGUGAUGCUCAUGCGUAUGAAUAUGCCCUUGGAAUAUAGAACAAUUAUUACGCAGGUUUUAGGAGAUCUGCAAUUUCACUUUUAUCACCGAUGGUUUGAUGUUAUUUUCCUCGUCUCAGCACUUACUACAAUGGGCAUCCUCUACUUAGCACACAAACAAGUAAAUUCGACAGAUAAAACUGAAUCAUUUUAUGGACAUAAAUGGUGACAGAAUGUGAUGCUAGGUAUGGAUUCGAUACCUUAUUUUUAUGGCAAAGAAAAACUUGUUAAACAUAAAGUAAAUAGAGGUCGAAAAUUUUAUGAUGAACUUUAUAAGGAAAUGAGUAGGUCUUUGUUAAGAUGUUAUGGGACUGUUGUGGUUAAUGAUUCACUGAAUAAAAAUAUGCACUGCGAUUUCAUGAGUAAUUAAGUCUAAUAUGUAUUUUGUAAGAAGGAAUCAUUAUAGUAUUGUAUGUCAUUGAACGAAUUGUGAUACCUUGUUGUGAAAUGCAUAAUUACAUAGAAAAUAAACCUCGCAAAGUGAAA